GAGGUGCGGGGUCGCGGGGAGGGAGGCGAGAGCGGAGCUGGCGGGCAGCGCGGAGGAAGGAGCUGGGUGCUGUCGGCCCGGGCUGCACGUUGGCGCCUCGCCACCCCGGGCGCCCCGGCGACGCGGAGGGACCGCCGUGCGAAGUCGGAGGGAGCUGGAGGGACCGAGACUUGCUAGCGCGCGGCGCCAGGCUGCCCGGCGGGCGUCGGUUCUGCUGGGCGGGCGCCCCCCUGGAGCGACCCAGCGGACCCCAGCCAGGAGAAAUGGGCCCCACGAGACAAGUGUGACCUGUGCGUCCAGCCUGCCAGCCUGCUGCCCGCGAGGAGGGAGGGUGCCAUGGAUGGCGUCAUCGAGCAGAAGGGCGUGCUGGUAAGCAGUAAAAUCGGUGACGCUGGCAGGAAGAAUGGCCUAAUUAACACCAGAAACUUCAUGGCCGAGAGCAGGGAUGGCCUGGUGUCGGUGUACCCAGCGCCCCAGUACCAGAGCCGCCGGGUGGUGGCCAGUGCAGCACCGGCCGUCCCGGACAGCGGCAGAAAUGAGCCAGUGCAGCAACUGCUGGACCCCAACACCCUGCAGCAGUCGAUGGAGUCCCACUACCGCCCCAAUAUCAUCCUCUACUCGGAGGGCGUGCUGCGCUCCUGGGGGGACAGCGUGGCUGCCGACUGCUGCGAGACCACCUUCAUCGAGGACCGCUCACCCACCAAAGACAGCCUGGAGUACCCCGACGGGAAAUUCAUCGACCUCUCGGCAGAUGACAUCAAAAUUCACACUCUGUCCUACGACGUGGAGGAGGAGGAGGAAUUCCAGGAGCUGGAGAGCGACUACUCCAGCGACACAGAGAGCGAGGACAACUUCCUCAUGAUGCCCCCGCGGGACCAUCUGGGCCUCAGCGUCUUCUCCAUGCUCUGCUGCUUCUGGCCCUUGGGCAUUGCGGCUUUCUACCUGUCCCAUGAGACGAACAAGGCGGUGGCGAAGGGGGACUUCCACCAGGCCAGCACCAGCUCCCGGCGGGCUCUGUUUCUGGCGGUGCUGUCCAUCACCAUCGGAACCGGCAUCUACGUGGGCGUGGCCGUAGCCCUCAUCGCCUACCUCUCCAAGAACAACCACCUAUGAGCGCGCAGGCCCAGAGGGGAAGGACGUGGGCCAGGGCUGCAGGGCGCCGAGGGCCGGCCUGAGCAGAUACCUGCAUGAGACUGUACAGGAGGAAUGAUUGCCCAACAGCUCCACGAAGCCCUGGAAUGUUCUACCCAUGGAUUUCUGUUUACCCUUUAAUUCUGUUUUCAUAGCACUGUGUAGAGCACCAGGCAGAUGGGCACUGCUGAUCCUUCUACAGGGAAGCGCCAAAGAUCCCAACCACGGCUGUCCCUGGGUGGGUUCUGGGGGAUUAACGACGACGAUGCAGCUCUCUGUGCGGCCUGCCAGUGAUUGCAGUGCCACCACGUUAGCAAUACACAAACAGCCAAACGUGUUUAUUUUUUAUGGACUACGGUGCAAUAGGCAGGGGGCGGGGACACGUUGCUCUCCUGUCUUUGGCCCUGCUUGGCCCUUCUGCGCCCCCCAGAAUGUGUCCCCUCCCUGCAAGAAGAAAAUGGGGCUAAGGAAGAGGACAAAGACACUGCAAGGACCCCCGAGGUCACGGCCUGCAGUCAGUCCAGCCCUGAGUGUGCAAAACCAGAACAGCAUGGACCUGUCCCCGGGCCAUGCCCGGCCCCUCCACACCGCCCCAGCUUAGGGACGUAUCCAGAUUCAGCAGCUACCCUGCAGCAAUACACGGACUUGGGGUGGACGGGCAGGCAGCCAGACAGCCCUCCCGCGACUCCUCGAGAACAAACCCAGCGUUUGCCCCCGGAACCCGAGGCAGUGCAGCCCUGGGCACUGCCUCAGGGCAGACACGGGGGUGCUGAGAGAGAACUGCCCUCGCGGACGCCCACCCUGGCCAUAAGCAAUGACACUAGUGAUCCUAGAAACGAGAUGGGCCUUACUCUGCCGACGAGAUGAAUAGCUAUUUUCUGGUCAUUUUUUAAGCGCAACUCCUGCUUCAUGCUGCUUAAGUUAUCAGGUGAAUGCUGAGGAAUAAGUAAUCACAAACAUUUUAAUACCAUUUCA